UCUCUCUCUCACACACAUAUACACAUACAUAUAACAAUUAGUUUGACUAAUUGUUUUAGAUAGUUUGUAGUUGUAGUUGAUUUUGGAAUGUUUAAUUGAUUUAUUAGAUAUAAUUUUGGAAGAUGGAUCCAAAUGAAUUUUUAUUAAGUAGAGGUGGUGGUGGGAAUAAUAAUAAUAAUAAUAGUAACAGUGAAGGAUUUAUUGAUAGAAGUAAAGUAAGGAUAUUACUUUGUGACAAUGAUCUCAACAGUUCUCAAGAGGUUUUUCUUCUUCUUUCUAAAUGCUCUUAUCAAGUGACAUCAGUAAGAUCGCCACGGCAAGUGAUUGAUGCCUUGAAUGCGGAGGGGCCUGAUAUAGAUAUUAUUCUUUCCGAAGUUGAUCUUCCCACGGCUAAAGGCUUUAAGAUGUUAAAAUACAUUACGAGAGACAAAGAUCUGCGGCGAAUACCUAUCAUCAUGAUGUCUGCUCAAGAUGAGGUUGCUCUUGUUGUCAAGUGUUUGAGGCUUGGAGCAGCUGAUUAUCUUGUGAAACCUUUGCGCACAAACGAGUUGUUGAAUUUGUGGACACAUAUGUGGAGAAGAAGACGUAUGCUUGGCUUGGCUGAGAAGAACAUCAUGAACUGUGAAUUCGAUCUGGUGCCUUCUGAUCCUAGCGAUGCUAAUACUAGCAGUACUACUCUAUUCUCGGAUGACUCAGAAGACAAGUCACUUAAAAAUUCCAAUCCAGAGAUUUCCGUGUCUAUUUCUCGGGAGGACGAGGGUAACGUGAUGAUACCUCCUCAAUCUGUGAAUAUGCCACUUCUUAACUUAUCAGACGAUCAACCUACUGUCCCAGAAAUUAAUGAACAACAACGAGGGAAAAUUAUGUUUGGUCCAAAGAAGAGUGAGCUGAGGAUUGGUCAGUCUUCGGCUUUCUUUACAUAUGUCAAAUCUAGCAUGUUCAGAAGUGCGAAGCACGGGGGCACCAUUACUGUUAAUGAAUCUAUGACCCCGGUAUUAGGCGACAAUCUAAAUUUAGGUGGCGGGCGAGUGGAUAAUAUAACUGUAGAUAAAAUAACCAUCAAUCUAACUGAUGAAAGCGCUACUCAGUAUGUACAUGUUGAGGAAAAAGUUAGUUCAUUCGGUGAACAAAAGGUCAGUGAUGCUCAAGGAUAUGAUUACAUUCAAGCUCACGAAAACAUUCAUAGCAAUCACAGCUUCCCUGAUUCAGUUUCUGUAGACAAAUCGUCUAUUUCCCCAUUAGCACCAGAGGCAGAAACACAAGAUUCAGGAAAUAACCAUCAUCAGGAUAUUUCGGGUUAUAAUGCAUAUUCUGCUUAUCCUUAUUAUCCUUCCGGACCAAUGAAUCAUUUUAUGAUAAACAUGAAUAAUUUGCAUAGCCAAUAUAAUCACGCUGCACAUUGUCCGCCUCAGCCCGUACCUGGUUUGGGCUCAUUCCCUUACUUCCCAAUGAAUCUUUGCAUACCUGGCCAAAUGCCGCCAGCAAUGCACCCGUGGCCUGCUUAUGGGAGUUCAUCUAACAGCAAUGUAAAGGUACAUCAACUUGACCGUAGAGAGGCAGCCUUGCUUAAGUUCAGGCAGAAGAGGAAGGAACGCUGUUUUGACAAGAAAAUCAGGUAUCUUAAUAGGAAAAAGUUAGCAGAGCGGCGACCUCGUGUAAGAGGACAAUUUGUGAGGAAGAUCAAUGGAAUUAAUGUGGAUCUUAACGGGCAACCUAGUAAUGAUUUUGAUGAGGAUGAAGAUGAUGAUGAAGAAGAGGAAGAUCAAGCAGGCAGAGAUUCAUCUCCUGAAAACGCUUAUGCUGUUUUCCAUGGCUGAGAGUAUGAGAACGAUUGUCAUCUACUGAAGAUAAAGUGUUUCACUUGAUAAAAAAGCGUAUGGAUGUCGUUGUUUUGAAGUAUUACCAUGAUUUUCCAAGGCAUGAAGGGUGAAAAUUUGCAGGCAUAGAUGUAUAUUGGGUUUCUGGAGACAGAGAAUCUAGUCCCUUGUCAUUCCAGAUGCUAUAUUGUUGCACAAUUUCUUGUCUAACUGAAAAUGUCAAAGCCGUGCAGUUUUUUGUCAUGAUUAAUGCAAAAUUACGUGUAACCUGUUUGUAAAGCUACCAUUAAUGAAUUAAGUAGAGGAAUUUGAUAUA